GACAAAUUAGUAUUUUCGUCUACUGCAGGCUGGUAUCUCAGUGAGCUGCUUCAGAUGGUAUUUCAGAUUAUAUUUGUAUUCCUUGAAGGUCUUUGUCAGCAUUAGCAAGUGCUGAAAAACAAAUGUGGACGCUGCUUCAUGUUUUGGAAUGUCAGGGCACAUUCAGCUUACAGGCGGAUAAAGACCUCACAGUUUUGUAUUUCCCUGACUAAGGCUUACGAAUGUCCCUAAUACUGACAGCCAUGAAUGACAACGCAGUGAGCAGCGGCAAGCAGCAGUGGGCAGGGUCUGGAGAGGUGAUGCACCAUUCUCGGGGACCCUAUAUCUCAGUCAUCACCAACAGGACCACCAACCUGUUGAUCCGAGGGGGCAUGCUGUUCUCUGUUGGCGUCUUCCUUGCCCUGGUGCUUAACUUACUUCAGGUGCAGAGACAUGUCACCCUCUUUCCCCCCGAUGUCAUCAGCAGUAUCUUCUCCUCAGCGUGGUGGGUGCCGCCCUGCUGUGGCACAGCCUCAGCAAUGAUCGGGUUGUUGUACCCCUGCAUUGACAGCCGUCUGGGUGAGCCACACAAGUUUAAACGGGAAUGGUCCAGCGUGAUGCGGUGCGUGGCUGUUUUUGUGGGCAUCAACCAUGCCAGUGCUAAAGUGGACUUUGCUAACAAUGUCCAGUUGUCUCUGACUCUGGCGGCGCUCUCCAUUGGUUUGUGGUGGACAUUCGAUCGCUCCCGCAGUGGCUUUGGUCUGGGAGUCACCAUCGCUCUGCUGGCAACACUGGCCACCCAGCUCCUGGUUUACAAUGAAGUCUUUCAGUAUACCUCUCCAGAUUUCCUGUAUAUUCGCUCAUGGUUGCCCUGCAUCUUCUUUGCAGGGGUUAUAACCAUGGGAAACAUAGGACGGCAGCUAGCCUUGUAUGAAUAUAAAUUCCUUCAGGAGAAGACCCAUCAAGACUGAGGGAUGUUUUGGCUUCAUCAGGCCUCUGCUCAAAAUGACUUUGUCUUCAUCCCAAUGUGAGGCCAGAGACUGGUUAUCAGAGAACAUGCAGCAGAGACCAGAGUGAGCUGACCUUGGACACUCCAUUCAGGUCAUGCUUAUCGCUGAACAAGACAGUAUUUUUGAUUGGCUCUCAUCAGGCCUUUUGAUGAUCAUGGCAGCUGGCGGCCACAUUCCACCCUGGGCUAAGGAGAACAAUGAAAGUAUAGCUUGUCUCUUUUUUUCCUUUGGUGCAGUUUAUCUCUACUUACUUGGAAAGGGAUUAGUGUUGAAGCAACUAUCGUUCUUCAGAUCAACACAGAUGUUUCAAACCUUUGGCUCCAUUGUGCCAAACACAGUCAAACAGGAUCAGUUUUUAAGUCUGCUCUUCUGAUUUUUCCACAUCCUGCACAUAUCAGUGGAGAACACACAGCGUACUUAAUGUAUGUCUACAGAGAUAUGCAUCCAUGUCCCAGACCUUUUAUUGUAUGUAGUUUGCUUAUAUCUACUUUUACGUUUCCUUGAAGACAAUGUCAAAUAACGGAAUGAUGUUGGGUGCUGUAUGAGAAUCUACCCUGGCUGUGGGGACCCAGGGGAUUCAGUGUUCACCUGAGUUAGGUAUUUCUCUCAGCCACACCAGGUCUUUUUGUCACCAACAUGUACAUUAUAAUCAGGUCCAAAGAAUGAAAGGAUACAUGAAGCUCUAUGGGUUUUGAUUGGAAGUGAAAGGUAUGUUUGGAAGAAGAAAUCAUCCAUACGGGAACGCUAGGAUCAGUUGUAAUCAUAUGAAAUACUAUUUUCAUUUCUGGAAGCAACACUUAGCCAAAAAUGUCUCUAUAGCCUUUUCUGUUGCUUGUUAAAAAUAUGCAAAAGGCAGCAUUUGCUUUCCCCAAUACAGCAGGAAUGCCAACAUUUUCCAACCUAUUUUCUUUAUGGAGCUUAAAUAUUAAAUUAUGUUGGAAUACCUGACACAUAUUGUACUAGAUAAUAGAGAUGGAACCUUAGAACUUAACACAGAAUCAAAUAAAUUAUCUUGGGUGUGUGUCAAGAUUGUAUGAAUGGUACAUAUAACAAAAUGGGUUAGCUUAAUAUUUACAGAAAAUGCACACUAGCUUAGAGCCAUAUACACCAUGUAAACUGGACAUCUCUUGGCAGUUUGUGUUCUGUUUUCACUUAUGGUGUCAUGAGUUUGGGGUAUUUUUGUCAAUCACUUAGGAUCUAGACUCUGGACUUAUUUUCAUGCACAUGAAUCUAUAAUACUGCAUAUUUUCCUUCUUCUUUGGUGGGUUAGAUAAUUAAGUCUUGGAUGUGUUUGUUGUGAUUGUAAUGCAGGAAUGGGUUUGUGCAAAGAAAGCCUGUAAAUAUGGUGAUUAGCAGUGUUAAAUUCUUGCUGCAUUUAUGCAGCAUGUUUGUUGGCUUGAUGUAUUGAGAAACCUCCUUUUAGCAAUUAACAAAUACAAAAAAAAAAACACCUGCAGAAUAUAAACAUUGAGCACUUAUGUAUCUGCAAGUGAGUGUAUAAGUAUAUAACUUAAGCAACAGUUUCUUUAUGAUGGAAUAUGAUAGGAUUAGUUACCAUUAAAGCGGUUCUAAUAUUUUGUGAUAUAGGUUAGAUGACAUGGAAAACACAAUGGAGAAAGCAUUUUAAUGCUUUUUUGGAGUGAAAUAUUUUGUAACCGACCUGUAGCAACUGUAACUCUUAUUUUUUGAAAAUAUGACAACCUGUUACUUGCUUUAUGAAUUAUGUAUGAUGUUUUAAAAGGGAUUAAUAGUUCUUCUUACUAAAGCAAACUUUUAAACAAACGUGCAGUUUUGAUGAAAUAAAGACUAUGACCUUUUG